AUGGAAGACAAAAAAACUAAUUGUUGUCGACACUGGGACUUCCCAAGCGGUCCCCCACCUUAGUACUAACCCAGCCUUAAGGCGCUUAACUUCGGAGUUCGAAUGAGAUCCGGUGUUUUCACCUUAGUAUGGCCGACAACAAAACUAAUUGCAAAUAAUAACUAUUAAUAUUUCAAUAUUUAUUUUUAAAUCAAAUUAUUUAUUUAAAGUAAUAGAUUUUUUUUCAAAUAAAAAUUUAAAGUAGAUUUAAUUAGUUAUAUAAAAAAGGUUGUCGACACUGGGACUUCCCAAGCGGUCCCCCACCUUAGUACUAACCCAGCCUUAAGGCGCUUAACUUCGGAGUUCGAAUGGGAUCCGGUGUUUUCACCUUAGUAUGGCCGACAACAAAACUUAUUCUAAAGAAUAAAUAUUAAUAACUAAAUAAUUAUAAUUUAUAAAAAUAAAAAAGGUUGUCGACACUGGGACUUCCCAAGCGGUCCCCCACCUUAGUACUAACCCAGCCUUAAGGCGCUUAACUUCGGAGUUCGAAUGGGAUCCGGUGUUUUCACCUUAGUAUGGCCGACAACAAAAUAAUACUAAUUAUUAAUCUUUUGUUUUAUUCUAUCAUUUUUAAGCUAUUCAAUUUAAUUUCACAAAAUUACUAUAAUAUCGAUAAUUAAACUAUUAACUGUUCUAAUAAAUAAUAUAAAUUAAUCUUAAAGUAUUUGA